UAAUUGAAGGAAAUAUAUAAGUAGAUGAAAAAUUGGCUGCUUUGCAGCUAUCCGGCAUCUGGUGGCAGCGAAGACUGGGCAAAAGGCAGAAUGGGCGUUAAAUUCUCGUUUUUGUUUGAACUUAGACCCGAAGACAGUGUUUAUGAUGGAUUUUUGUUGCCUGAAAGUCAGAUUGUCCCAACAGCAAGAGAAACUUGGGAAGCAGUUAAAGUGAUUGGGACUUCAACAAUAAAACAAUUCCAACAACCCCAACAACAAAUAUUUAAUGGAAUACAAACAAAUAACAGAGCAAAACGUGUUUGUAGAGAUACAGAUAGUUUAUGUUUAUAUUGGACACAACAAAGUUCAUCAACGUGUCAACAAUGGCCAGCAAUGAAAGAACGUUGUUCUCGUUCUUGCAAUUUUUGUUCAGCUGACGAAGAAAAUUAA